AUGUCACGAAACGACACCUUUUCCGUCUGGAAGUUCCCAUUUACUCUUUGCCUGUAUUCCUCUGCCAUGAAGCACAUGAAUUGGGAUGAUCUUCAGAGCUACCGACCAUAUCAGCAAUUUUCAGACGAUGGGCAUCUGCUCGACAUUGAUCUAUGGCGUUUCGAGGAUCUAUUUCCUUGUGAUACGGUGAUUUUCCGUGCUCUGAACUACUUCAAGGUCAGAGCAAGUGUCCCGGCCACUUAUGAUCCCUUACUAUUAAUGAGUGCAACGGAGGCUGUGAGAAAAAUUGCAAAACGAGAGAUUACUUCGCAACAGCUGGUUGCUGCCUACAUGCACCGUAUUGAACAGGUGAAUGAGAUCAUCAAUGCCGUCGUAGUGAAGCUUUUUGUCGAGGCAAGUAAAAAAGCCGAAGAAAUCGAUAAAUCGAUUGCGGACAUGGAUGAUCAUCAGCUUGAAGAGGUACCCACCUUAUAUCCUGACCAGUACUCUUCAAAUCAAGGUUUCUUAUAUUCGUUCAGCUCACCAAACUUCGAGGCCUCUCCUGGGCUUCCCGUUCCAACAAGUCAAGGAUCGCUGGAAGCUCGAAGGGCAAGUGAUCACAUGCGGUAUUUAUGCCCAAAAAGGAAUCAAAAGGACAUCCACUGCGGAAGUGAUCAAGAGGUGAUUCAUUAA